AUGUCUGCUGAUGAAGAUUUGAAACUAUGGAUUCAAGAAAAUGUCAAGUUUAAGGUCACAACUAAUACGCUAACUAUCCUGAGGAAACUAGCCUCAAAAAAUAAGGGGAACCUGGAAAACUUUAAGAGAAGUUGUCAAGCUAUUGGAAAAUUUAACGAUUCAGAUGAGUUUUUGCCAUGUUUGUUAAAGAGACUUAAUUCAGAUCAACUGGUCACUGAACAAAGUCCUAUUAACCCGGAGCCACUGGCUGAAACAAGCAUAAAGAGAAGGAAAAUAAAACUGUCACUCGAUUUUGAAGAUGGUAAUGAUGAAGAUGAACCUGAAACAGCCAUCCCAUUUGUCAAAAGAAAAAUAAUGAAGACGUUAGAUAAAGCUCCAAUAUUCAAGAAAUUGGCUAAAAAUGAGGCUAUGCGAUUAAAGGAAUUUUCGCCAGUUAAAAUACAACCAAAGGAAUCUAACGAUUCAAUUAAACGCAUUUCAUCUCAACUGCCAAAAACUAAAGCUAAUCAACAACUAAACCGAUAUGAACAGAAAAUUGAUAAUGUUGAAUCUAAGAAGCAAUUUGUGUUACCCAAUCGUAUCAAAGAAGAACCUCUAGCAAGUGAUAUUCUGAGAAAUUCAGAUAUAACCACAGAAGACCAAGAAUGGUACAAUUAUGAUGACGAUUAUGGAAAUUUGGCUUCUGAUGAUGUUGAAUUGAUACAGGAAGUUGCACAGAGGUCUUCAUUCAGUAGGAUGGCUAGUAGAGGAAACAAGACGGUAUUUAGUGGUCACGAUACCAUACAUUCAGAUGUACAAUUAACUGUAAUUCCUAUCAAUAAACGAAGAGAAUGGCUUCCUCCAUUUUUGAAAGCAUAUGUAAAAUCACAAAUGGUGUCAAGUUCAAUGGUUUUGGGGUCACUGACAGAAGAUUCACAUUCUUAUGGUUUGGUCAAUGCCUUCCGAAAUCCUGAAAGUGAAUUCUCUCAAAAUGCUAGAAAACCAAGUAAAUUAAUCACUUUGAGAAGAUUAAGAAAUGAUCAAAACGAGAAAUCAAAAGAAACGGCAGAUGUUGCAGGGACACAUAUUGGUGAUGUUCUUGGUAUCAAGAAAUCGGAUGCAUCAAGAAAUAAAGCUGAUCAUGAACCCGAUACAAGUUCUGAAGAGAAGGAUCAAGAAACUACAGAGGACGUCGAAGAAACACGGAAGUCAUUGCCCGUUUAUAAAGUUAGAUCCCAGCUACUACAACUGAUACGAGAGAAUCAAGUAAUGAUAAUAAUUGGAGAGACAGGGUCAGGGAAAACCACUCAGUUGGCCCAAUAUUUAUAUGAGGAUGGAUUUUGUAAUGAUGGUAGGCUGAUUGGUUGUACCCAGCCGCGUAGAGUGGCAGCAAUGUCAGUAGCUAAAAGAGUGUCUACGGAGAUGCAUGUAGAGCUCGGCCAGGAAGUAGGUUACUCUAUUCGUUUUGAAGAUUUAACUUCACCAAAUACACUGAUAAAAUAUAUGACAGAUGGUAUCUUAUUAAGAGAAACAUUAUUGGAUGACACGUUGGAGAAGUAUAGUUGCAUCAUUAUUGAUGAGGCCCAUGAAAGAUCUUUAAACACAGAUGUUCUGAUGGGUAUCUUUAAAACGGUGUUGAAAAAGCGAACUGAUUUAAAGAUAAUAAUUACAUCUGCAACAAUGAAUGCUUCAAAGUUUUCCAAUUUUUUUGGUAAAGCUCCUUUGUUCACUAUUCCUGGGAGAACUUUCCCUGUACAGGUUAUUUACUCAAAAUUCCCCCCAGAAGAUUAUGUUGAAGCAGCUGUAACUGAAACUGUAAAGAUUCAUCUGUCUACGCCGAUUGAUAGCGGUGAUAUUCUCAUUUUCAUGACAGGUCAGGAAGAUAUAGAAACAACGUGUGAUGUCAUAAAGGAGAAAUUGUUACAGGUUUACAUUAAGAAAUAUGGAAUCUCAAAAUUUUCAGAAAUUAAUGAUCUUGAAAUAUUACCAAUUUAUUCGGCACUACCAGCACAUAUUCAGAGCAGGAUAUUUAGGUCGACUGACAAUAAUAAAAGAAAGAUUGUAGUGGCCACAAAUAUAGCUGAAACCUCAUUGACGAUAGCUGGUAUAAGAUAUGUCAUAGACACCGGGCUCUCAAAACUGAAAGUUUAUAAUCCUAAGAUUGGAUUAGACAGUCUUGCUAUAACUCCAAUUGCACAAGCAAAUGCGAACCAAAGAUCUGGUAGAGCUGGUCGUACCGGGCCUGGUAUUGCUUAUCGACUCUAUACAGAAGAGUCGUUUGAUGAUGAUAUGUAUGUGCAAGCUAUUCCAGAAAUUCAAAGAACGAAUCUAUCAAAUACGGUAUUGUUAUUGAAAUCAUUGAGUGUAAGUGACGUAUUAAAAUUUCCAUUUAUCGAUCCACCACCCUUACAAACGUUGUUGACCUCGUUGUAUGAACUAUGGUCCAAUGGUGCCUUAGACAAUAAGGGUUGCCUUACUCCUUUAGGUAAAGAAAUGGCCAAAUUCCCCUUACAACCAUCACUGUCAAAGAUUUUAUUAGUGUCUGCACAAAAUGGAUGUAGUGAAGAGAUGCUAACAAUUGUAUCUAUGCUCUCUGUCCCUCAAGUUUUCCAUCGUCCAAACGAGAGGCAAGAAGAAUCUGAUUUGGCAAGAAGUCGGUUUUUUAUCCCUGAAUCAGAUCAUUUGUCAUUAUUAAAUGUUUAUGGACAAUGGCGCAAUAAUAACUUUUCCAGUUCCUGGUGUAAAAAGCAUUUCCUUCAAUAUAAGUCGCUGGUGAGAGCUCAUGAUAUCCGAACUCAACUAGCUACUGUCAUGGAAAAGCAAGGGAUUCAAUUGGUAUCGUCUGGUUCUGAUUGGAACAUAAUAAGAAAGUGCAUAUGUGUCGGGUUUUCUCACCAGGCUGCUAAGAUUUCAGGAUUAGGUAAAUAUAUCCAUCUUCGAACAGGAAUGGAUGUUCAAAUCCAUCCAACAAGCGCAUUAUUUGGUCUGGGUGAUCUGCCACCAUAUGUUGUAUAUCAUGAACUAUUAAUGACCUCUAAAGAAUAUUUAUGUUGUGUGACAUCUGUAGAUCCAUUUUGGUUGAUGGAAAGUGGUUUUUUGCUUUAUGAUAUCAGAAGAAUGAAGACCGAUAAAGAAAUGAACCCGCGUACAUAUGGUGAAUAUGAUAUAAGAGAUGAUGAUCAAAAGGGUGAAGAUAAUUUGGACUUGGCGAUCAAAAAUUGUAUAAAAACCAGAAAUGAAUUUAUCAAAAUUUUAGACGACGAUAAUAGUGGGAAGAUUGUUAACGAGAGCGAUCCUUCUAUAAGUUCUCGACUCGGAAAGAAAACAGAAACGAACUCGAUGUUUAAGCGGAGAAGGCCAUUAUAA